ACUUCACAAAACGUCGUGCUCUCAACGAUGGCACAAAUGGCGACCAUAGCGACGUCUGAUCUAAUGUGACAUAUAAACCGCUAGAACAUAUACCUAGAGAAUUAGGUCCAACGGUCUGAUGUACCACGUAAUUGUCAUUACAGCUGAGAGCUCAACCCAUCCCCUAAAAUUUUGAAAUACUCAGCACCCACGAUAUGUUAAAACAAUGUCAUUGGAUCUCGUUACUUGUGUGCAGUUAAUCAGGACAAAUUUAGUGUGAUUCUCAAGAUUGGGGGGACGAAUGUUGAUAUACAAUGGCGGUGAACGCGAACGUAUUGUCCAGUGAUAUAAGCAGACGAAAUCCCCAGGAUGAUUACGAACUCAUUCAGAGAAUUGGCAGUGGCACUUACGGAGAUGUUUACAAGGCUAAGAGACUUUCUAUGAAUGAUUUAGCUGCUAUUAAAGUCAUUAAGCUAGAACCUGGCGAUGAUUUUGCGAUAAUCCAGCAAGAAAUUCUCAUGAUGAAGGACUGCAAACACCCCAAUAUAAUAGCCUAUUACGGUAGUUACCUCAGACGAGAUAAAUUGUGGAUAUGCAUGGAAUACUGUGGUGGUGGAUCCCUCCAAGAUAUCUACCACAUAACAGGCCCACUGACUGAAAUUCAAAUAGCCUACAUGUGUCGAGAGACCCUGCUCGGUUUAGCAUACCUCCACGACAUGGGGAAGAUGCAUCGUGACAUUAAAGGAGCGAAUAUUCUUCUGACUGAGGCUGGUGAUGUAAAACUUGCGGAUUUCGGUGUAUCAGCGCAGAUAACUGCGACGAUAAACAAGAGGAAAAGCUUCAUAGGGACACCUUACUGGAUGGCCCCUGAAGUGGCAGCUGUGGAAAGAAAGGGAGGUUACAAUCAGCUGUGCGACAUCUGGGCCUGUGGCAUUACAGCCAUCGAGCUGGCUGAGCUCCAACCCCCGAUGUUUGAUCUGCACCCUAUGAGGGCUCUCUUCCUCAUGUCGAAGUCUAGCUUCAAACCACCGACACUGAAAGAUCGGGACAAGUGGAGUCCAAUAUUUCAUAAUUUUGUCAAGGUCGCCUUGACCAAAAACCCGAAAAAAAGACCGACAGCUGCCAAAUUACUGGCCCACGGAUUUUUUCAGGAGGAUAUGAGUAAGAGACUCGCUCUUGAGCUCUUGCAGAAGGUGUCUAACCCCAGCCACAUGUUCACUGAACUUGAUGCUGAUGAUGAUGGGGCUGUGCCCAAUGUUCCUCAGAGAAUUGCGUCUAGACAUACUGCUGCUAGAGCUACACCAAAAAACUUUGUAUCGCAGUUAGAUAGUGAUGAUCAAAUAAAUCUUGAGAGUGGUACAAUCAGAGGAUCUACUCCCUCAUCACAGCCAGAUGGUAGCAAUCCAGUCUGGGAUAUAAUGGAUAUCAUGAAUAACGUGAAGACUGUUCAUAACUGUGAUGUUCACCCCGACUGUGGAAUUGGCACAGCAUUCGAUGAUGUCCAAGAGAAUAGUAGAGCAUUGUCCCGCCGAAGCAAAACAGGCCUCGAAAUAUUGCAUAUGAGCCUCAGGAGUCUAUUGCAGUACAUUGAUGAGGAGUUGUUGCUAAGGGGAAAUGCAAUGUCGAUGAUCGAUGGACAUUGCGACCAGCUAUACUCCCUGCAGGCAACUCUGCCACUGGGGGAGACAUCCAACGAGUGCGAACUUCAUCAUGGGUAUUAUGGCAAUCUGGCAGGGUCACAAGCAAGUCCCAGGCGUCACAGCUCUGUGGACGAGUUGUACAGUCUUGUGAGCGGUACAUUGUCACUGUCAUCUGUUAAUGGACAACGCCAGCGUUCGUUAUCCGACAGUGGGCCUAGGGAUGAUUCAACGAGGUGUAAUGGUGAAAAAGAGGAGUCGGGGGAUGGAGAGAACCCGAGUAUGGAGCCGGAUUUGUUAUCGGAUACCCCACCUGUACCACCCAGACGGAGGGAUCGGAAGAGACAUACACCACCUCGGCCUACCAGCAACGGUCUACCUCCGACGCCUAAAGUACACAUGGGAGCCUGUUUUUCCAAAGUAUUCAAUGGAUGCCCUCUCAGAAUACAUUGUACAGCCAGUUGGAUCCACCCGGAUACGCGAGAUCAACACCUGCUGAUUGCAGCUGAAGAGGGAAUUUAUAAUUUGAAUCUCAACGAGAUUCAUGAGACCGCGAUAGACCAGUUGUAUCCUAGAAGAACGAUAUGGAUGUAUGUCAUCAAGGAUGUUCUAAUGUCUCUGUCAGGAAAAACUCCACAGCUGUACCGGCAUGAUUUAUUAGCAAUGCAGAGUAAACAAUCCCACAGAUUUUCAUUGCAUAUGAAUAAAAUACCGGAGCGCUUGGUGCCCCGUAAAUUCGCUCUUACGACAAAAGUACCAGAUACAAAAGGCUGCGGCAAGUGUUGCGUGGGUCGCAAUCCAUACAACGGUUACAAGUACCUGUGUGGAGCAAUGCCAGCUGGUAUCUUUCUCAUGCAGUGGUACGAUCCCCUCAACAAAUUCAUGCUGCUCAAACACUUCGAGUGCCCCCUACCAUCGCCCCUCAAUGUAUUUGAGAUGGUAAUAACGCCGGAAAUGGAGUAUCCCAUGGUUUGUGUAUCAGUUAAACAGGCCUAUCAGCAAAACAAAUUGAAACUCGAUUUGAUUAAUAUGAACUCUGGAGCCAGUUGGUUUCACAGUGAUGAGUUGGAGGACAUUGAUGGCUCAGCUACGGUUAUCCCUAGGCGGGAGAAUCUUCAGGUCAUCAAUGUCACGCAGUUCGACAAGGAUUCCAUUCUUGUUUGUCACGAUAAUGUCGUCAAGUUUGUUAAUCUUCAGGGUAAACCUCGGACCAGUAAAAAGCAGUUAUCAGAACUUCAAUUCAAUUUUCAAAUUGAAUCAAUAAUUUGCCUUCCUGACAGUGUUCUUGCAUUUCACAAGCACGGAAUGCAGGGGAGGAGUUACAAAAAUGGAGAGAUAACGCAAGAAAUCAGUGAUCCUAGUAGAACAUACAGGCUGCUUGGUUCUGACAAAGUCGUUAUGUUAGAAAGCCACCUAGUUCACUCGGGUACAUUGACUGAGACUGAAGGAGCAGAUUUGUAUAUAUUAGCUGGGCAUGAAGCCAGUUAUUAAAUAUUUUUAAAAAUUUCCAAUUCUUAGCUGUUCUUCAGGCACAUUAUAAAAGUCAGCGAUUGAAAAUGAAGAAAAGUAUUUCAAUCGGAGAAGAAUUGAUACAUUUUUCGAGUUUUCACUGCGAUUUUUCGUCGAGAUGAUGUGAUAUCGCAGAAUUGUUGAUAGAAAAUUUAAAGAAGUUGGUUAAUUCUCGAUAUCGUCAUCCCAGCGUCGUAUUAUCGAUCGUAUUAUUAUUUAAAUGGAAUAAUAAUUGAUUUAGCACUUUACACUGGAAUAAUGUGAUAGAUAUUCUUAAAUUCCAGCUUUUGAUGAUAUAUUUACUAGAUAAUUGAUUAAUUUCUCACGAGUUUAUUCAAUUAUAAUGGCGGUAUUUACUAUUUAUCCUUCCGCUUUUAAUCUAGUGAUUGACAAAAGAGAUUAUAACACUAUCCAUAGAUUUAAUGAGAACAAAUAUCCAACACAAUCAAUGUGCUUAUCGAUACUUAUCAUUAUGUUCGUUCAAUACUGAAUGUAAUCCAAGGAUUCCACUGCUUGUCAUAAAAUAUCAUUUCCAUUAUAUCCACUCAAAUGCUAAAAUAUUAUGAAAAAAAUGGUGAAAUUGAAAUAUCAAAUGGGUGUGCCGGAAGUACGUGUUCUUGGAUUUAAUUCAAAUGCUUCGAAACUAUUUUUCAUAAAUAGAGUAACUAUAUUUCAUUUAAAAAUUGAGAGAUUCGAAUUAUUCUUGUAUGUAAAUAAUAGCGUUACAACGUUCAAAUAACGGUUUUAAAAUUAACGAAUAUCUUCGAGUGAUUGUAUAUAUGUAUAGUUAUUGACAGAUGUGUAUUUUUUUUUCAAUUAAAAAGUGAAAAGAAAACGAGA